UUAGGUGGAAAUGACGUCAUAGCAGGAAGUCAAUAUUGUUCUCAUAUGGCGGCACCCAUGAGCAACGUGGAAGAAAUUCGAAAUAGAGUGAUUUUGGGCGAAUUUGGAGUCAGAAAUGUUCACACCACUGACUACCCUGGAAAUUAUCCCGGUUAUGAUGAUACUUGGAACCAGAAGAAAUUUGAGCAGAAUUUCAGAAUUGACAUAAUGCAGAUGGAUGAAAGUACCCUAGAGUUUGACAUGGUGGGGAUAGAUGCUGCCAUAGCCAAUGCCUUUCGACGGAUAUUACUAGCUGAGGUACCCACCAUGGCAGUGGAGAAGGUGUUUAUCUACAACAACACUUCAAUCGUUCAAGAUGAGAUUCUUGCCCACAGACUGGGUUUGAUUCCCAUUAAAGCUGAUCCACGCCUGUUUGAGUACCGCAAUGCAGGAGACGAGGAGGAAGGCACAGAAAUUGACACAAUUCAACUUCAGCUGAAGAUAAAGUGCACGAGAAACCCUAGGGCCACAAAGGACUCUUCAGAUCCUAGUGAACUGUAUCUAAACCAUAUGGUAUACUCCAGGGACAUGAAGUGGGUGCCUAUUGGUAAUCAAGCUGACGUUUUUGCAGACGCCAACAUUGGCCCAGUCCACGGCGAUAUCCUCCUGGCACAGUUGCGGCCAGGACAAGAGCUGGAUAUUGUCAUGCACUGUGUGAAGGGCAUUGGUAAAGAUCACGCCAAGUUCUCCCCAGUUGCCACGGCCAGUUACCGGCUCCUCCCCGAGAUCAGCCUGCUGGAGCCUGUCGAGGGAGAGAAGGCGGAGCGGCUGAAACGCUGCUUCUCCCCCGGGGUCAUUGGGGUGGAGGACUGUGGCGGAAAGCAGGUUGCCAAAGUAGUGAACAGUCGUAUGGAUACCUGCAGUCGUGAGGUCCUCCGGCACGACGACCUCAAGAAUUUGGUGAAACUGGGAAGAGUCCGGGACCAUUUCAUCUUUUCAGUGGAGUCCACUGGGAUCCUGGCCCCUGAAGUCUUGGUCAGCGAAGCCAUCAAAGUCCUCAUGUCCAAGUGUCAGAGAUUUCUCACUGAACUGGACUCUGCAGAGAUGGAGUGACCGUGAACGAGUGGGAGCACACCUUCGGCAUGAGCAAUGGUUUCCUAAAAUGGAGAUGACCCAUAAAGAUGAAGAACAUCCUGGAUUGUUCAACAAUGUACAACAGUUUACUGUUAACAUCCUGUCAUUCUCACAUUUUCCUUCUCCAUCAUCAUGGUGAAAUGAUAUCAAACAUGUACAUAAUGUAUUUACGUCGCCCUACAUUUUUUGUAGUUGCUAUUUUCAUUUAUUGUUAAAUGAUUGGAGAAUGUUUUGUUUCUGACACAGGGAAUAUAUAUUUGGUUUGCUUGCUAUUAGCUGGACAAUACUGUUAACCUAUGAUUGUAAUGAAGUGACACUUGAGGAUCCCUUUUGUAGUAAAAAAAAAAAAAAAAAAGGCAGGAAUAAUACAAUGUACAUUUGAUGUUAUGCGCUGUAUUAAACAAGCUUUGCAAAUUGACUACUUGUACUAAUCAUGUAAUGUUGCUCAAUUAAGAUUAGUCCUGUACUCAUAAUUAAAUCAUUUUGGGAUUAA